AUGUUUAUUGUAUCAUAUCUGAAUUAUUUUAGGAGAAGUCUUUUCCAAAUUAAAGAAAGAAGAGAAGCAGAAAACUUCUUCCACAGUAUUCACGCUUGUGAUCUUGAAAAGAUUCUAGCUUUUGCUUAUGACAUUCAAAAAACUCAAUAUGAAAGUUCUGUACAAAAGUUGAUUGCCAAAUCAUAUGGUUCAUUUAGUUUCUUGCCGAAAGGUCAUUAUAAUAUUUCUAUUCGCUUUCCUGAAUACUCUGUAGAUUAUCAAUUAAAGCAAAGAGAAAGAAUUGUAAAAAGUGAAGAGGAUUUUGAUAGAGCCAGAAACAAUUAUAUUCAAUUGAAAAAGCAUAAUGAGGAGUUUGAAAUAGAGCAUAGGAACUGGUUAAUAAGACAAAAAGCAUUAAUUGAAGUAAGCAAAACGCAAGAAGAAGCUUCAAAGAAAAUGGAAAGAGAAAUAUUGGAGGAAAAAGAGAGAGUUAGACAAAUGGAAUUGGAGGAGCGCUUAAAAAAUGUAGAAUACUUGCAAGAAAGAAGAAAGAUGUUAGCCAAUUUACAUGAGGCUGAAUUGAAUGCGAAGACAUUAAAUCAACAAAGAUACAUGGAAAAUCUAACAAUUGACACACAUAAUGAGAUCAAACACAAAAUGACGGAAAUGCAAUUAGGGGAAAUCGAAAAAAUGGAGCAAGCUAAAUUGCAAGAUAUUGAGUGUUUCGUAAAUCCUCCAUCCAAUUACUAUUUUACAAAGAACCCAUCUGCAACUUCACCAAGAAAACCAGAAACUGUAAAUAUCAAACCACUUGCAAAAGAGGUUAUUAUCCCUGUAUUUAUCCCACCUGAACAGGCAAAACAGCCAGUUUCAGAAGCGAUAACAAAGGACACGACAGAGAUUAACUCUCCUGAAAUGUCAGAGCCGAAUUCUAAAGAAUCAAGUUUUGCAGAUUGUCUUCAAGUGCAUCUACUAGGAAAUGAAAUUAAUUCCUUAGAAAAAGAAAUAGAAUCAACAGGAAAGAAUCUGACUCCAAAAGAUAUCAAACUUCAGGCCAUCAUACAACCUGAAAUCCCUCAAAAGAAAAAAGUGAAAAAAAAGAAAAAAUUGGUAGAAAAGUCUAAUGAACAAACAUUAAAACAGAAGAAGAAAGAAGCAUCUCCAAAAAAGGCUGUUACACUUCCUUCGCUCAAACAGAUGAACUCACGAAUGAGAAAACAAAACAAAAAGUAUUACCAGAAAAGCAAAGGCAAGCAAAAUCUCCAAAAAGAAAGAGCCCAAAGAAGAAGGAAAUCAAAGAAAGCAAUCUUAAGGAGAAACCACAAGAAAUGGUCACCCCGUUAG